GAAAAUUUUCAGCUAGACUUCCCAAUAUUGAUCAGGGAUUGAGGGGGGGAGAGGGAAGACGGUAUAUAUCUAGCAAAUUUAAAACCGUUUAAUCUCGUACUCAGAAGAACAAUUCUGUAGCUUUGGCUUAACUGAAAAACCCUAGGUCAAUGGAGGAAGCAGCUAACGGAAGUGAGCCUUCGGCAUUGACGGAGAAGACGACGGAGGUGGAGAUAGACGAUGGUCCGGUCAUAGGUCCAGGGCCAGCUCCUCGUGCUCGGCCUAAGCGGCCUCUUCAAUUCGAGCAGGCAUAUCUUGAUUCUCUCCCUUCUGCAAACAUGUAUGAGAAAAGCUACAUGCACCGAGAUGUGGUCACACAUGUUGCUGUGUCCUCAGCAGAUUUUUUUGUCAGUGGGAGUGCUGAUGGCCACUUAAAGUUCUGGAAGAAAAAGCCUGCUGGUGUUGAGUUUGCAAAACACUUUAGGUCUCAUCUUGGUCCAAUUGAAGGCCUUGCUGUAAGCAUUGAUGGACUGCUUUGUUGUACAAUAUCCAAUGACCGAGCUGUAAAGAUAUACGAUGUAGUCAACUAUGACAUGAUGGCCAUGAUACACCUUUCAUUUGUACCUAGUUCUGUUGAAUGGGUUUACAAACAAGGGGAUGCUAAAGCAAAGUUAGCCGUUAGUGAUUGUAAUUCCUCUUUUGUGCACAUAUAUGAUGCACGAGCUGGUUCCAAUGAACCUAUCCAAUCUAAAGAGAUACACUUGGCCCCAGUUAAAGUAAUGAAGUACAAUCACAUCUUUGAUACUGUGAUAUCAGCUGAUGACAAGGGAAUCAUUGAAUACUGGAGCCCUACUACACUUCAAUUUCCUGAAGACGUCGUGAGCUUCAAAUUAAGAAGUGAUACCAAUCUUUUCGAAUUUGUGAAGUGCAAGACUACCAUAUCUUCCAUUGAGGUUAGCUCAGAUGGUAAGCAAUUUUCUAUUACUUCUCCUGAUCGUAGAAUCCGUGUGUUUUGGUUCAAAACUGGUAAAUUAAGGCGUGUUUAUGAUGAAUCUCUUGAGGUGGCUCAAGAUCUACAAAGAAGUGAUGUACCUUUGUACCGACUGGAUGCUAUUGAUUUUGGAAGAAGAAUGGCCAUAGAAAGAGAAAUUGAGAAAACUGAAAAUGUGCCACAACCCAAUGCUAUUUUUGAUGAAAGUUCAAAUUUUAUUAUUUAUGCAACACUCCUAGGGAUCAAAAUUGUGAACCUGCAUACCAACAAGGUUGCUCGAAUUCUUGGCAAGGUGGAGAGCAAUGAUAGAUUUUUAAGAAUUGCCUUGUAUCAAGGUGAUAGAAGUAACAAAAAAUUCCGAAAGCUUCCUACAGCAGCAAAUGCUAAUGAAAGCAAGGAGCCUCUGAUGGAUCCUACUCUCAUCUGCUGCGCUUUCAAGAAACAUAGGAUUUAUUUGUUCAGUCGGAGAGAACCUGAAGAACCCGAUGAUGUAAAUAAAGGAAGAGACGUGUUCAAUGAAAAACCUCCUCCUGAGGAACUUUUGGCUGUAUCAGAAACUGGAAAGACAGUCACAACUUCUCUUCCAGAUAAUGUGAUCUUGCACACUACGAUGGGUGACAUUCAUAUGAACCUAUACCCCGAAGAGUGUCCGAAGACGGUGCAGAACUUUACAACACACUGCAGGAAUGGGUAUUAUGACAAUCUGAUAUUUCAUCGGGUUAUCAGAAACUUUAUGAUACAGACAGGAGAUCCACUAGGAGAUGGCACUGGUGGGCAGUCAAUUUGGGGUAGGGAGUUUGAAGAUGAGCUUCAUAAAAGUUUGAGACAUGACAGGCCAUUCACAGUAUCAAUGGCUAAUGCUGGACCAAACACCAAUGGCUCUCAAUUUUUCAUCACCACCAUUGCCACCCCAUGGCUGGACAAUAAGCACACUGUUUUUGGCAGAGUUGUGAAAGGAAUGGAUGUUGUUCAGGCAAUAGAGAAAGUGAAGGUGGACAAAAAUGACAAGCCAUAUCAAGACGUUAAGAUAUUAAAUGUGACCGUCCCCAAGUCCUAAAAGUAGUUUUGAACGACAUGUGUUUUUUGGGGGUGUGACAUUUUGUUUAUCUCCUCCCCAUAUCCUAGACCUAGUUGUCCUUGCAGAAGUGGGCACGGUGCACUUGCACGGGUACCGAGUAAUACGCUACAACCUGUACUAUGUAACAAAGACUCGCCUGUGCAUGAUUUGUGACGAAGCUGGGAGCUCGGAAGCAGGCUAACAUGAUCCAAAUUAAGUGUGUACUAUUAUUUUUAUUUUUUGUCUUAUGUUUUUGAACGAAUUUCAAUUACACUUUCAUUUUCAUAAAUUUUGUGUACAAAGUGAAACUGGUAAACUACAUAUGCACCAAUGGAGCAAGUGUUUUUUUUCUUUUUUCCUGUAAAGUGUAAACUGGUAGCGUUAAGGCUUGAAAAGAUAAAAAUGUUCUUUUAAUGAAAAUUUAAUCCCUUA